CAUAUCUUUGACCCAUAUUUGAAAGUAGCAUCUCUAAGAGAUCGGGUGGAUCAAGGGCGACUUGGCGAAUAAAAUCAUAUCUAAUAGCAUGCCUUUGACAGGUGGCAGAAUCAGUGAAGAAACAAAAACAAUGCAGAAAGGCAGUGAAAGGGGCAAAAUGGGGAGAAUAAGGGCUGAACCGCUAAAGCACUGUAAAAAAAUUGGGUGCUGCUAUUUUUGCACCCGACAUGACGCUCAUGAAGUGGUGAUGAAUUUCUUAUUUUAAAAAAUAAAGGAAGAAGACUAGGGUUAGAAUGGUCAAUUUAUAAACAUUAACAAACUCCUUGUGUCUUGGUAGAAUUCAUGUCCAGUUUGAAAACAAACACUCCACUAAUUUGUUUCAUGCAAAACCCUAACACCACUUCUACUAUAUAAGUCUUCAUUCCAUUCUAUUUCACGAUCUCAAUAUAAACACCUUCCGUAUUCUGUCUCCUCUCACAAAGCAAAAAGUUUUGCAGUUAAAAAUGGAUUCAGGAGUCAAGAAUGCAACAGUGAUAAAGGUGAUUGGAAGGACAGGAUCAAGAGGGCAGGUGACUCAGGUAAGAGUUGAAUUUAUGGAUCAGUCUAAGCGUCAAAUUACAAGAAAUGUUAAGGGUCCUGUCAGAGUUGGCGAUGUCCUUACCCUGCUCGAGUCUGAAAGGGAGGCUAGGAGGCUUCGCUGAUAGAUGUUGCUUCCUCUCCUCAUUGGUCUUCUCUUCUGCCUCUUAUCAAUAAAAUAAUCUGAUUUAGUUUUUGCUUAUGCAAAUUCUAACUUCUAAAACAUAUUCCUAUCAGUUUUAUGUGGUUGUUUUAUUCUUUGCCCACUUUUUUUAUCAUUCAAUGGAAUUUUGGCUCAGAAUAAUACGAAUUAUUCUAUCAUUUA